AAUGAAUUGUUCGAUGUGCAGGCACACUAAGAACCCGUCCCGUUCUAGAACGCGUGGGAUGUCUGUACGGGCGCGGGUGGGCGUUAGGACCCAGUGGUGGUAGCACGUCAGCUCUGUAUACCUCUCAAAAGAUGCAUUUUUGGUCCUCGAGCUAUUGCAUAUUAUUUAAGAGCUGCAGGUGAGCUGGGUCAGCCGCGGUGCCCUUCUUUGCAGACCGACACCUUCUGCGAGUUCCAAUGUGGUGCACGAGGAGGAGUGGCAAGCGCAUCUCACACCAAGACAUCUCUCCUUCCGCGUCCACUCUACUCAACGAAACAACACAGGCAAAGGAGCAGCCGACGUUUCGUGUCCAGUUUCUUGAGAAGCGCGUUUCAGUUUAUCUCACACGCAGCAAGACCUUCUUGAGAGUGAAAUGCUACAGACACUUCUUGUUUAAGGAAGGACGUUUCUUCAACCCAAGGCGCAGGACUGUAUAAUCACUUGGAUCGGCGGAGCUUUCUGUUGCGUGUGGACCGCUGAUAAAUCCCAUCGUUUUUGGAUUAUACAUUACUUUAAAAAAAAGAAGACAAUUUUUAUCCAACAGCAUUUUUCUAAGCUAAAAAAAAAUCAACGCAGACAAACAUCUUGUAAAUUAACGACCGUUACGCAGAGCGCAUUCGGGCGUUUUGAACGCUUUCUCGGUGCUUUACGCAGCUUGCAUUCGUCUUGUCAGAGAUAUUUGAUGCAAGAUGUUUGGUUUGAGUAGAGUUCGGGGGUCUUCACGGAUCCUCGGCAAGCCGGCGCUGGCCCCGGGGUGCUCGGGAUUAAAGCAGCUCAAUAAGAAAGGGACAUCUUCCUCGGGUGGGUCCAAUGCCACCUCCCGGCUAUAUUUCGCUUUGAUUUUACUUCUCCUGACUCUAACGCCCAGGGCUGACUCGUCUUGGUGGUAUAUCGGAGCCCUGGGAGCGCGGGUGAUCUGUGAUAACAUCCCGGGGCUGGUGAACAAGCAGAGGCAGCUCUGCCAGAAGCACCCGGACAUCAUGCAGUCGAUCGGGGAGGGGGCGAAGGAGUGGAUCCGCGAGUGCCAGCACCAGUUCCGCCAUCACCGCUGGAACUGCAGUACCCUGGAGCGCGACCACACCGUGUUCGGCAGGGUCAUGCUGCGCAGCAGUCAGGAGGCAGCGUUUGUGUACGCCAUCUCCUCAGCUGGGGUCGUGUAUGCUAUUACGAGGGCCUGCAGCCAGGGGGAGCUGAAGUCCUGCAGCUGCGACCCCCACAAGCGAGGCCGGGUCCACGAUGAAAGGGGAGAAUACGACUGGGGCGGCUGCAGCGACAACGUCAACUACGGCAUCAAGUUCGCCAAGGCCUUCGUGGACGCCAAGGAGAAGAAAGUGAAGGACGCGCGCGCUCUCAUGAAUCUGCACAACAACAGAUGCGGGAGGAGCGCGGUGAAGCGCUUUAUGAAGCUGGAGUGUAAGUGUCACGGAGUCAGCGGCUCUUGCACACUAAGGACUUGCUGGUUGGCUAUGUCAGACUUCCGAAAGACAGGAGAUUUCCUGUGGAAAAAGUACAGCGGGGCCAUCCAGGUGACUAUGAACCAGGACGGGACCGGCUUUACUGUGGCCAACAAGAACUUCAGGAAGCCCACCAAGAACGACCUGGUGUAUUUCGAAAACUCUCCGGAUUACUGCCUCAUGGACAAAGCAGCAGGGUCGCUGGGAACAGCAGGGAGAGUUUGCAGCAAGACGUCGAGAGGGAUGGACGGCUGUGAUGUCAUGUGCUGUGGGCGGGGCUACGACACUACCAGAGUGACACGCAUCACCAAGUGCGAAUGCAAGUUCCAGUGGUGCUGCUCCGUCAAGUGCAAAGACUGCGAGGAGACUGUGGACAUACACACCUGCAAGGCAUCGAAGCGAGCAGAGUGGGUGGACCAGACCUGAGGAAGCUCGUUCGCCCCUUCAUCGGGAUAUCGCUUCAGGCUACGGCAUUCUGGGAGUUGUAGUUCCAUUGCAUGGCUUUUAUUUAACUAAUACGGCAAAGCACUAAAAGAGGACUACGUUUCCCAGAAGACACUGUGGACCGUUGCACAUGCUCAGUAAAUCUUAUUAUCCCUUCUGAAUGGGGAACUUGCAAUAUGUGCUAAAACUGUGAACUCUCCUAUUUUUCUUUUUGCAUUGUAUUUUUGUUUUAAAGUGGGACAGUGUAACUGCUCAUAAAAAUCAUUUUUUUAUGACGCUUUGAAGCUUUUUUACGACUUUAGAAAGUUGGAACAAAAAAAAAGAAAAAUAUUAUCUUGAAAAUAUUGGGUACGGCGAAUAUUUUUAUAAUGCUAUUAUUUAUGCCAUUUUUGGAAACCACUGGUGUAGACGGAAAAGUAGCAACAAUAGAUCUCGUUUUUCACGAACGGUUAGCACUACACGAAAAGAAUGCAAUCUGUGUAGGAAACCAGGGCUUUACAAUUAUAUUUCCAUUUUCUGGGUGCAGAACAUCAUGUAAACGCAAUUCAAACUCUUGGUUAACUGGUCCAUCGCAUUAGCGUCUGUUGGAUUUUCAACUUAAGAAACCCCCUGUGGGUCUCUGAAUAGCUGCUCCUCAAAACCUGAACGUGAUACUAUUCCAACCCCUCCACUGCUUCUCCAAGCUUCAGGCUGCUAGAACCCAACGACGCACUCACGGGGAAGCACAGCCUCUUGUGACCCCAAAUUCUUUCUCAUCUGAAAAGCUGCACUAAAAAAAAGACAAUUCAAAGCAGCUGCUGUGAUAACUCAGUGCAUCUAGGACUCUCCCAACACCUCUGUCUGUAUCAGAGACACCAAAGCUCGCCCACAACCUGGGAAGCUGAAUAUUAGUUCAGCAAGGGCUAUGUGAACCUUGAUUUCCGUGUUACAACUUGCCUGUGGUCGUUGUGUAUACUGCUUUUAUUAUUUCAAAGAAACUUCAUAUAAACCUAUGAUAUUAGUAUGUUA